ACAAUAAUUAAAAUGAGAAAUGAAGAUGAAGGAAAUCUGCCGACCUUACAGGAGAAAGGAAAGAUAGACACUGAAAAGAAAAACAUAAAGAAAAGUCGUUGUAUUAGCAUUGCAUCACAAAUGGAGGCAACAUAUUGGUAAAAAGUGAAGGGGGAAAACAGUAAAGUAGACAGCUACACACUGACACCAUAUUCUGUCUUCUAUUUUGUUCUCUGAUUCUUUCUUCCCUAUUUCUUUCUCUCUUUCUCUCUCCUCCCACCCAUCUAACCCAUCUCUUUAUUUUCUCUAAUACUAAGCUUGAUACUGUUCACCGAGUGCUGCAUCGCAUGUAAAUCCAGCGGCGAUCACAAUUAGCGCAGUUAGCAAGCAUCUAUUCUCAGCUCACGGGAGCGCACAUGCUAGUCAUGCUUGUAGCAUGCAGGGAUGAUAGUCGUUCUCCUCUGCUUCUGCCUCUUACCAUUAACAGAAUUAUUAACCUUCUAUACUCUUAUUUAAUGCCUGAGUACUAUUGCAUCCCAGCCACGGCAUAAAUACAGCAAUGGCAACUAUUCCGUCCACACGAGGAGCUCUGUGUAGGGCAGUAAAGCAGUAAAUUGGAUCAUGGCUUUCAAUAUAAGACUAGUGUUGACAAACUUAAUGAAUAUGAUGUCUCAUUGUUUUAUGCAUGGAGAUCGUGACAGAAUGAGAUGUAUGAUGCCGUAAUGUUUGAAGUAUGGAUGACACUAAUUGGAAGUUGCAUAUGACACCGCCUCUCUUUCUGGUCAUGUGACACUGGCAUCUCUCCAUCAUGUGGAACCCGCGCAGACAGGAUUCUGUUUCCACAUAUGAGGAAGUGGAGAGUCUGCACAGUCACCAGUGCACCACUUUCAACUCUCUAGAAGGGAGCAGCUGUCCAAGCAGGCUUGAAAGUGUUGGCGGAAGUUCUGCAGGAAGCCUUGAUCGUGCUCUUCCUCCAAAUUAUGCCCAUCCACCAGCUUUCUCUGCCUAUCAGAAUGAUGCCCCUCUAAUUGACCCAAGACACCUGUCAUCUGGACUCCGGUCUCAAGGGUCAACAGACUCCUCAUCAAGGGCAACAUCAAACCUGAGCUACCCUCAGAGUCCUGCAGACCUUGGAACACCUAGUCCUCUUGAGGUAGCGCAUGAUGAUCCAAGAGUGGGAGACAUCAAAGACAAGUCAGGAAAUGUCAAUGCCAGUGUAGCAAACUGGGUUAAUCAAUCCUACAGUCAUACCCCUAAUUCAGAAAAGGGAGGAAGACACCUUUUGUCUCCUAAAGCAGAUACUGUCAAAUCAAAUGGUCAGGGUUCCCGCGGUGACAGUAUAGAACGUUUGGAUGCAGAGGCUUCUCCAUUGACAUAUAGAAGUAUGUCUCCACUGCAGACAUUCACCCGGACUGCUAGCUUGGAUAGUGGCUUUCCUCACAUGGGACAAUCUGGGGGAUUUGGUAUGCCAUGGACACCUGCAGAGAAUAUGUUGAUGACCCUUGGAUUUGGCGCUGUAGACUUUGGGAUUCCAGAGCGAUUUAUGCAAUCUUGGCGAGAUAAUGUCAUCAAGAGGCGGAUUGGCGAGCUUAGCACAAUGCUUUCUGGACAACAUGGUCCUAGAGGGGCUCAUCCCCCACCACUAAGCAGACAAACCUCUGAAGCUGACAGCCUAGAAGACUUUCGGAUCAACCCCAAGCCGAGGAUUUCACCACCAUCACCUAUCCAGGAACAAAGGGAGAGGGAGAAUCAAGCCAAUGCUGCUAAUGCACCUGAACCAAAAGUUGAGAUCAAGAAAAUAAGCCAGAUGCCAGUGCCAAGUGAGAAGCAAAAACAGUUAGAAAAGUUAAACUUGAUGAGAAGGAGAUUCAAGAAAGCAGCUACUGUUGGAAGUUUUAGUUCCCACCUUCUAAGACCCUCUUCUUCACAACCUAACAGUACUAGUGUAAGUCCAUGCAGUACUCCUGAACUUCAACGAAGACAGAGUGUGUCAUCUGGGAAGAAGCUUGUUCAUAUACAAGGUUCAAGAGGGACUGCUAAGGACAGGCGUAGGAAGUUUGUCAAUCGUCAGAGUUCCUUACCAAUCUCAUUAGAAACAUUGCCUGAGGAAGAUGAAGGCCAGCGAUCAAAACCACAGAGUAUUAGCGAUUCUUUUAUGGCCCAAAGGUCAGUGAGUAUAGAUGUUGGCCAGGAUAAUGUAAAGGACAUACCUCCAGUGCCUCCACUCAAGAUAGUCACUGAGCAAGCAAGCUUAGAACUCUCAGAGGCUAUGUCUUAUGGAAUCUCUAAACAGGAAUCUAAAGAUGAGGCCAUUGCUGAUAUGAAUGGAAAUAAAAAGGAUUUGUUGAAUAUGGAACAGUACUUGAGUGUUAUCAAAACUAUGAUUGAUUCUAAAGACUCAGGGAUUGGGAACGAUCCGUCUAAUGAUGGAAGUCCACAAAUGUCACCCCGCACAAGUGCCAGUGAAGAUGAAAACUCGCAUACUGUGAAGAGUGCUGAAGGUAUGAGGGGUACCACAGAGAAGGGAACAACAUUGAAACACACACCAAUCGAAUCUAAGACGAGUGAGGAAAGAAUGGAGACAAGAUUUCAUAGUGAAGUAAAUAACACAGACAAGCACAUUGCUAUUAGUUCUCAAAAUAGUACUUCUGGUAAUAAGCAAUUUUCAAAUGAUAAUACGAAUGCUCCAGAGACUUUACAAGGUGAUGAGGCCCAUACUACUUACAGUGAACGCAAAAGUGCUGUUGUUUCUCAUCCUAUACCUGUUCGCAAGCCUUCUCAGAGACCAUCACUAACUGCUAUGACUGAAGCAUUUUGCCAAACUGUAGUCGAAGAAGAUGAAGAAGACUGUGACAGUGUCUUUGAUACAAGCUCACAGAAGAAAAAGGUUGAUGCUUCAACCGUUAUUGAUAAGGAUGUUGGUGUCCAAACUAGUCCAGACUUGAUGUCCCCCCUCCUGUCCCCUCUCAUUGCUGGUCAGAGGUUUAAUAUGUCAUUUGAAAGUUCAUGCAGCAGUGAGAAGUCACAGGCAACAACAGAAUGGGAUGUCAAACCACAACUAGUACUCCCACCUGAUAGUAUGCAUGUGGAGAUUAAUAGUAACCAAGGAGCCAGUACAGAAGAUGAUGCAUCUUCUACUGGAACAGUUAACACCCAGUUAUCAGAACUUUCCUCCAGUUCUAAUUUUGAAUAUAUGUUUCAGCAUAAGCCAGUUACCAAGAAAAAAUCAAUACCUAACAGUGAGUCUGAAGAAGGAAGAAAUAUGGAAAUAGAUGCUAGAAUAGAGCAAACAGCCACAAGUUGUUCAUCCUUAAUUCCAGAAAAUAAUUAUUCAAGUGGCGAUUUAGAUAAAGACAGGCAGAUAACAGAAGAUAUUGUAAAGAGAAAAGAUUCUCAUACAAGCAAGGUCCCUCAAUCUGAAAGCAUGGAAUCUAAGAAGAUAUUUUAUAGUAAUCAAGACCAUCAGUCCUCAAGUGACAGCACAUUAUCAGACAAGAACUCAUUAUGCAAGGAGAAAGUGGGAGACGUGAAUUUACAAACCGAACAUGAUACUCCCAAGGUAGUCCCUGAUGAUGGAGAGAAACCGUGGCCCACGCAAAGCUGUAACCUAUUUGAUGAUUUAAGAUACCCAAGCAAAGCUCAUAAUAUGCAGAAUCAGAGUUGUGACACAUCAUUGCCUUCUCAGGAGAAUCAGAUGGAAGUGGCAAAACACGCAUUUGAAAUCACAAAGAGUGAUAGCGGUAGCAGUAUGUUUAGCACAAACAUGAAAUCCAGUGUUUCCAAACGUGAACAGUCUGAUGAUGAUGAGAAUGAUAGUAUUGCUUCUCUGACAGGAUCAGAACUCUCUGUUCAAUCUCACGAUUUUGCUAUCCCACAACUCUCACAUGCAAGCAGUGGAAUUUUUCACUUCUUAAAACAGGAGCAGGAUGUUUCAGAAGCACCUAAAAUACGUGCCAAUGUUGUGAGUUCUGAUAUUGGUCGCCAGUAUGAAGCCCUUCUCAAAAGUGCUCUUGAAAAAGAAAGGGCUCGCAAGCAUCUUACAGUGGCAGAGACACUGCAUCUUGCUAUGGUGAAACUUGAAAAAAUUGUGAAAGAACGGCGCUUGUGUAGGCACACUCAGCUCCAAGAUGGGGGAUCUUCUAAAAUUUCCUGUAAAUUUUGUGAUUCCAGGAAAAAUAUCCCAGGCAAUGUCCAUAAAAGAUACUCUUUGAGACCAGAAGUAAGCCUUCAACCCAAACAAGUGACUGUUUUGAAACAGGAACAGAAAUUACAUAAAAGUGUUGAAAGGACUCGAUCUGCUCCUAAUGAACUUAUUCAAAGGGCACCUAGUCAAGAGCAAACCCCUAAGAGGGGUACAGAAGCCCGGGUUAACUCUGUGUCAUCAGACUUUAAUGAUGCUGCCAUGAGUGUCACUGGGGACAAUCUCCUCAUCGAUCUGGACAAAGUAUCUGAAGAACUACCUUCAGACAUAACUUUAACAGGAAUGACAGUUGCUGAUGUAAAGUCCAUACAAGCCUUUCAUGUUUUGCAUGAGAGUGAGAGUCUUUCACUCGCUGAAGGAGAUGAGAAAGCAAAGAAAGAAAAGGAAGACUCAUCACAAAUGUCACUUCAGAGGCGGAGGAGCCUUUUUGCCAGAAACAGCAAGAGUGGAUCUAGACUUUUACUUGCUAAUGGAACAACCCAUCGAAACAGCACCCUCUUCACCAAGGAAAGCACUCAAUCUAAGGAGUUUUUUGAACCACCAACAUUUCACUCUUCAGCUGACAACAAAAAUGUUUUUUCAUCUGAAGAUGCACAAAAGCAGAUUGUACAGUCUGUAAAGACUAAGGAUGAAGCUCCAUUUUCCAAAGUAACAAAAGGUUUAAAGACUGGCAAAUCAUCUAGUCUUUCUUUGGAUGACUCCAAAGCUGGACAACUGACACCUUUUCAAGAGAUUGACAAACGGGCUAAAAGUAUGCAGAACCUCUCUAGUCAGAGCAGCAGCUUUUACAUAAUUGUCAAUCAGUGUAAUGAUUCAAAAUUCGCUGAUGGAGGAAGCACUGACAGUGAUAGAACAGUAUUUCCAAGCUUGAAUAGUCACCAAACCGCUGGUAGGAGGGGUUCAAGUGAUAAGUCAAUGGACUGUUAUGUGAUGCCUCAAUCUUCUCCACGUAAAACACUCUCUGCUCAAAACUCCAAGAGAUCAUCUUCGCCAUUCUCUCCUACUUCUCUUUUAUCUUCACCGCAAUCUUCUAUCCUCAAAACCCCACCGAUCCCCGUGACUGAUGGUGUUGGGGAAUCACCGAUACCUCCUCAGCUAAUGAGACUCAGUCAAUCACCUACCGUCAAUCUGGCCUCUUCAACUCCACCUGCUCAUUCAGUGGUAGAACUUAGCACCCUUGACAUUCAGCCUGAUGAUGUAGAAGGGACUCAGCCACCUGCUAGUCUAACUCCGUCAAAAUUCCGCUCUGAGGUGUUCCUUCAGCUGCCGGACCAAACCAACAGUGCCAACCAUUCUGUGAGGAGUGUCAGCCCAGUUUCAGUAAUCCUCACUCCAGUUUCCCCUCUACCAAGACUAGAAUACAUGCCAUCAUUUGAUGAACUCUGUGACAAAGCUCAGACAAUUAUCACUGAUAUAGAGGGCUUAGGUGAACCUACAGAGCAUGCCAUUGAGCAAGGGGUACCAAUAGAAGAUAGUAUCUUGCCAGUAAAGAAGGUAGAUGAUGACAAUAAUGAACUCCAACAUGAAGAAAAUGAAACAAGCAGUACUAAAUCAGGUCCUUCCCAAGGAGUUCAGCAAAGAGAAGGGAACAUCCACCAUUCAGAGGAGCACAGGUUGCAACCAUCAUCCAAUGAACAUCCUGGUGUACGAAUUGUGGGACAACCUCAGAUGAGUUCCACACCCCAUCCUAGUCACAGUGGUGGGGCAGGAUACGUGGAAUCACAAAGACAUGCUGAGCAACAAGCAGUCCUGCAACAAAUGAUGCAAUCAGAGAAUAGCCUCCGUACAAGUCUAGAAGUAAUGCAAGCAAGUCUGAAAGAACUCAAGACAAGAAAACAGGAUGCAGUGGAUGAAUUGAAGACGCUUCAAGAAGCUGUGAAGAGGAAUAAAAGUGAUAUCCAGCAGGCUGAGGAGAUGGCUAGGAUGAGUGUAGAGAAAGGAGAUGGACUCAGGUCUGAACUGAUGGUGCUAGAAUACCAACGAGACCAAGCAAGAAGAGAACUAAAGGAUCUAGAGGAGGGUAUCACUGCAAGGAGGAAUCCUCAGGAGAAUACUAGGGGGUCUGAGAGGGGUCAUAUAGGAUCCACUACUGGCCUCGCGCAGAUUGGUCUAUCAGUAGAAGAGAUGCUUGGUGUGAUCCGUGAGCGAGAUGAUCUCCAGGCUAAGCUUGAGAAGGAUCAAGGCAAUCACGUUUCUAAAGAGGAACAUGAGGAGGUUUUAAGGCAACUUGAUCAAACCAAGCAGGAGCUAUUUGAGAACCAGAAAGCUUCAAGAACCAAAUUGGAGAAAUUACAAGAGGAUCUUGAGGAAGGAAGAGGGAAGAUUGAAAGCUUGAAGCUUAUUGAAUCUGAUCUGAAGAAGGAAUUAUCUGAAACCCAGGAAACCUUGAAGAACUCGGAGAUUGAUCACCAAAAACAACUCUUGGAGAAAACUACCACUAUUGAGGAGAUGAAAGGCAAAGCAACCACAGAGAUGGCAGACCUCCGACAUAAGCUCUCAGAAUCCACACAGCGUAUCACAACCUUAGAGAGCGCCCUCUUAGAUAAGGAUGUAGUGACGACUCGUAUGCAGGAACGGAUCAGAGGACAGGGACAAGAGGUUCUAGAACUUACAAAUAAGGUUGAUGAACUUGAAAAAGAAAGGGAGAAGAAAGCUAGGAAGGCAGAGACUGUAAAAGAAGUAGCUCUUGUUGAACUUCGAGGAAAACUUCUGAAAGAGAAGGAUGAAGAAUUGGAUCAGCAAAAGAAGUUGUUAGAGAAGACUCACCAAGAAAUAUUGAUCAAAGAACAGACACAAUCAACUGAGAGACUUACUAAACUGGAGAAGGAAAAUGAGGAGAAAGAUUGUGAGUUGAAUGAGUUAAGAGAGAAGCUAUCACAGCAGGAGAUUUCUACGAGAACAUUGGGAGAUCAGAUGAGAUUAGAAGCACAACAACAGAUUCAAAAAGCCCUUGAGGAACAGAAGGCCAUCUUUGAGACAGACGCAGAGAAAGAGAGACAAAGAGAAGCACUGGCCAAGGAGGAUGCAGUUGCCAUAGAAACCAAGCAUCUUAGAGAGGAGCUAAAAAGAGAAAAGCAGCUGAGAGAUACCUUAAAGACAAGCCAUAGUAAUAUGAAAGAGGAGCUUGAAAAGCUGAGAGAUGAGAACCUAGGAGCUGGCAGAGAGAAGGUUGAAGCUGUCUCUAAGGCAAGAGAGGAAGCUAGACAGGAAAUACAGAUACAACUUGAUCAGAUACGAGAUCAAAUGGCACAGGAGAAAACAAGAGAAACAGAAAAGCUGCAGCAAAAGCUCAAGCAACAAGAUGAUGAAUUGACCCAGCUAAGAACAGAGGUCAAAGGUUACCGUCAGAAACAACGUGAUUCAUCAUCCAGUCAGAGCAGCUUAGACCAGAGCUAUAGAAGCAUCGUUAUGGAACUAAAUGAAGAGUGUCGGAAAACAUCCAAUCUGGUUGGAUCAACACCCCGUAAAGUACCUCUGUUCAGCUCAAGAAAUAUGAAAGCAGACUCGCCAUCUCAGACCGGUUCUUCCAAACAAGCAUCCUUCAACAGUCCUGGUCGUACUCAGCUCAUGGCAGCUAUCUCAAACCUUAAAGCUACCAAUGAUGAUCUAAGGAACUAUAUUAAAUCAUUACGAGAUGACUUAGAGAAACAAAGGAGAGCUACCACAAGGGCAAACAGAGAAAAGGAUAAUGAAGUGAAGAAACUUGUUGAGUCAAUGGGAAGAGAAAAGGCUCAAAUAUUUGAAGGGGAGAGAGACGUUGAGCUAGACCGGCUCCAGCGCUCCUUGGGGCUACUCCGGGACUCUGAGAAGACUCUCCAGCAGGAGCUAAUGAAUAAAGAUGAGGAGCUACGUCAGAUUCAAUCCAAUAUGGCUGCCUGGAAGGAGGAGACUGCUCUCAAGAUGGCUAGGAAGUUUGAAGAUGAACUCAAUAAAGAGCUGGAAGUGAGAUUAGAGGAAUCCCACAGUGGGAGUGGGUCAUUCAAAGGAAGCCUUUCAGAUUCAAGAUUGAGGAACUCGGCACUUGGAACAUCUACCCCAUCAUCAUCUGUAGGAUCUGGUGAGACUGGUACUAACAAACUUCUACGCCAUCUCCAGGAUAGAGUUAAACAGCUAAGGAUUGAGAACACCACUCUCAAACAAGCUAGUAGAUUGGAUAACAGUCUUGAUGGAGGGGAUUCAAGCUUUCAGAAAAGCUUACAGCUUGAAGAGAAAGAUCAGCAGCUGUAUCGGUUAGAUCAGAAAGUCAAACUACUAGAGCGCCAGCUGUGGGUAGCUGAGGAGAGAUGCAGGGAAAAUGCUGCCCUCAUGAGUCAGAAAACAGCAGAGAAUGUCAGACUGGAAGGAGCCCUUACCCAACAAACCAAGGAGCUAAUGAGAGUGGAACGAGCUUACAAUAAACUUUCACACUCCACACCAACAUCACCUGUGCCUUAAAGAUUUUUCAGACAACUGCCUCCAAAGAAGAAAAAAAGACUGAAGAAUAAUGUUGCUUGUCAGAUAUCAGUGCUUGGCAAACUUGACUGUACAGUAUCCAGGAAGGACUCUUAAAGGGGAAGUUCACCCCGAUGAAAAAUUUGUUGUAAAAAUAACAGAAAAAAUAAGAAAAAUAUUUGUGAAGGUUUGAGUAAAAUACAUCAACGAUCAAGAAAGUUACUAAAAUUUUAAUUUUUGGAUUUGUGACGUCAUGUAUCAGCAGCUGCCCCGUAUGUUAUGCAAUAUAAAGUUUUUAGUGGUUCAUAAUGACUGUUUUUUUUUCUUUCGUAGGAGUGGGUGUGAAAUAAUGUUUCUAUUGAUGCACUGUAAGGUACUAUAAAACCCAUUUUAAAUUUUUUGAGAAAAUGACAUUUUGUUGAUUUUUCCCCUACGACAUGCACAAAAUCUGCUUGCAUAUGACAUCACAAAUCAAAAAAUUAAAAUUCGAAUAACUUUUUCUUCUUUGUUAGAUUUUCCUCAAACCUU